GAGGUUGAUUUAAUUGAUAUGUCAAAAUUAAAUGCGAAUGUUUAUAUUGUAAAUGUUUAUGGAAUAUUGUUAUCCAGUUGAAUAUCGUAAUGAUAUUAUCGGAAGCUAAUUACCGUUAAAGUUUGAAACCGAUCUAAUAAGGAAUGGAAAUAUGGAUACGUGAAAGAUAAACAAUAGGAAGAUAGCAUCCCAUUACCGUUUUUAAACUUGCGACCAUCAUUUAAACUUUGAUAUAUACCUUUAUUUAAAAAAUUUAAACGAAAUAUUUCUUUAGUUGCCGUGUCGCCCAGUGCCGGAUUUAGUUCAUUGACAGUCGAGGGCUAAGUCAUACUAUAACGCCACUCUCCAGGUGGAAGACCCAUUUCCUUGGACAGGUUUAUUAUAAAAAGAUCUAUAACUGAUUUUGAAACCGAUGAAAAUAUAAUUGAUCAUGAUCAUUUCGAUAAUGAAAAAUCAGUUGAUGAAAGCUUCUAUUAUACUAACACAGCCAGAGAAAGGUUUUUUCAAAAUAACUACCGCAGUAUGUUAAAAAGUACAAUGUUUCUGAAUAAAUUUAUAUCAAGGAAUAUUUUGUGGAAUGAGAACGUUGAGUUAAAACCCCACGAAAUCAUAAAGCAUUGGCCAGUUGAGGCCAGAAGAAAACCAUUAUUGUCUAAUUCACCAGCAGUAUUUUUGGACUUACCAGAUUUGGACACACAUUUCUGUAAAAAUAUUGUUGAUUGGGGUAACACAGGUUAUAUUGCCACUAUAUUUGAUUCACAAGUACAUUUAUGGCAUCCGGAUAAAAAAGUCACCAUUAAAGUAUCAACGGAAUUUUACGACAAUACUGUGGAAAAAUGUAUAAGGUGGAACAGGGAUGGAUCCUUGUUUGCUGUGGCUGUAAACAUUAAUCAGGUAGCAGUGUACGAUAUAUUAGGAAACAAAGUAUCCUCAAAUACUGGCAGCUGCGCAUGUUCAGUUAAAAAUUCAGUUUUUAACAAGCUGUGUACUAUAAUCUCGAUAGAAUGGACAAAAUCAAAUAUUUUAUUAACAGGAUGUUCAAAUGGUACGUUGACCAAGUUCAAUGCAAAUUUGAAAUGGCAGAGGUUCAGGUAUCGCGUACAUAGUGAAGAUAUUAUAAAGCUAGCUUUGUCCUGCAAUGAAAACUAUUUGACUUCAGUAGGAAUGGACAAAACUAUGCUUAUUAUGAAAUAUCCUGAACUUGAUGUUAUUCAAAGUUGCCGUUUAGAAACCACAAAGGCUAUAGCUUGGCAUCCUUGGAAAGAUUCUUUACUAGUGUUGGGUGAAACAGAUCACUUUUUUCUAUGGAAUGUUCAAAAUCAGAAAGUUUCAAGCUCAAUUAUAUUUCCGAAUACCUACAUCGAUAGUUUAAUAUUUAAUCCGAUGUCUGCUGAACUGCUGGUAAGUCAACAUUUAUAUGAUGAAGACGGCAAUACCGUUAGUUAUUUAAGAGUUAUGAAAAAUUUGAACUGUAUUGUUGAUGAAGUACGAUGUAAUGAAUAUAGAAUUCCUUAUUUAUUGUGGGACCCAACAGCAACAAAACUUGGAACUGCAAGUACCGACCAGAAUUUCUGUAUUUGGGAUUUUUUUGGGCGCAGAACUAAACAAGAAAAAAAAUAUAAAAAUACAAAGCGAGAUGUAUAUGCAAACGAUAUUUUCAAAAAUAAUGGAUCUUUCGGAAGUGUUAUUCGAUAAGUUUUUAUAUUUUCUGUUUGUGAUAUGAUAUAUUUUACAAUUUUAUAAACAAUUUAGUUAGAAAUAUAUACACUCAAUAAACC